ACGCCGCGCCGCCGCGCUUCCGCGCGCUUGUUCGCGUCGCUAGAAGCCUAGAAGUGCUCGUUUGUUGUGAUCACGGUGGUGGUGAUCUUCCUGUGGGAAGAUUGUGCCCUUGCGUCCAGACUACCGCGAUGUCAAAACGUCAGACACAGUGCCGACACUGCUUUGUUCCCGGCUGCACCACGGGGUACGUCUCUGUGAGAAAGAACGAGAGGAAAGCCUCCCUCUUCGCCGUUCCCGACGACGACGAGCGUCGUCAGGUUUGGCAGCGCUCAAUCCCACAAGCGGACAAGCCACUCGCAAAGAACUCCGUAGUCUGUGAAGCCCAUUUCGAUGAAAGAUUCAUUGUUCGCAACUACACGCACGUAAUCAAUCGUGAAACAGUGGAAAUUCCCCGGGGACGCCCUUACCUGACUGCCGAUGCGAUCCCAACUUUGUUUCCGAAUGUCCUCGGGUAUCUCUCGAAGAAACUGCCAUCAAAAGGAGGGUCGACUACGUCGAACAGCGGCGUGCCGCGCGAACGAAAACGGAAUCUCAAUCAGGAAGACGACCACACUGUUUCAACUCCGCCAGUGACGCAGUGCGACAGCCACGAAACAUUGGAGAGCAUGGGCGAAGAACCAGAGGAUAUACUGCCCACCUCAGCAGAUGAAGGCGUGCACUCGGAUGAUUAUGGCAAGAUGUCCCCAUUUCCACUAAAACUGGACGGACACGAAGCUGUUGUCAUCAAAGAAGAGCCUGAGGAUGCACCUCCUACUCUGACAGAUCAAAGCGUGCAGUCUGACCAUUCCGGCAACAUGUCCAUGUAUCCACUGCACCUAGAGGGACACGAGGACAAUGCCGUCUCAGUCAAGAUAGAACCAGGCUUGUCGGCCUUCCUUCAGACCGACGAGGGCUUGUGCUCUGGGGCCUCCGACAGCGCGUCAUCAGUGCAAGUUCACCUGGGUGAGCCCUGGAAAGAUGGUCAUCUCCUUGGGAUUGAAGUGCCGUACGAGAAACUGGCCAUGCCAGCGAGAGCCGACUUUCGCUCUGAAGACAGCGACAGAGUGUUGCCCUCUCGUCUGGACCUUGAGGGACACUGGAACAACAGCUGUGCGGUGAAAGAAGAGGCGGAUGAGGCGAGUGCCACUUCGACCUGUGGGGACUUGGAUGGUAAAGACGCUCGCAGGCUUUCCGUUUCCCUCGAGCCUGUGGACGUAGUCCACAGGGCCACGGUUGUCGUAAAGGAAGAGCCAGCUGAUGUGGAAUGGCAGAGCUCAGACUCCGAGGAAAGCAGCAGCUCGCUCUCUUCCCAGGAGCCUAGCCAGCUGAUGUGGAAUGCCAGAGCUCAGACUCCGAGGAAAGCAGCAGCUCGCUCUCUUCCCAGGAGGGAUGGGACCAGGGACAGCAGGCGAGACAAGAUGGGCACAGGGGCCAUGACUGCUCCUUCUGCCCCUUUUCUGGUAGCUCCAAGAGGGAACUCGCCAUGCACGAAAAAACGCACACAGACAGGGACAAAGGACGCUACAAAUGCCCCACUUGCUCUCAAGUAUUUCAGCGGAGGGACGGCUUGCUUGCUCACAAAAAGUCUCAUGCACAUGAAAAGCCCUACAAAUGCAACACUUGUGGCAAAAGAUUUUCGUCGGAAAGCACCUUUAGUCGUCACGAAAAUGUACACGUCGACCUUAAACCCUUUAAGUGUGCCACAUGUCCACGGUCGUUUAAGCAGAAACAUUCCUUGAUGAAGCACCUCAGCCGCAACGACUGCGAUAAGGCAGAUGUUUUGGAGAGCACUGACGGAGAUGAAAGGCUUUUUAGGUGCCCCAUAUGCCUUAAGGCUUAUAGAAAAUUCCGCCAUUUGUCAGAUCAUAAGUUAACUCACUCAAAUAAAAGGCCCUUUAAAUGCUCUACCUGCUCUAAAACAUUUCAUUUUAGAUCUGUCUUGUCAGAACAUGAAAGGAUUCACAGUGGUGAAAAGCCCUUUAAAUGUACCCUCUGCGAUAAAGCCUGUCGAAGAAAGUCUGACCUGAACACUCAUAGAAGAGUUCACACCGGUGAAAAACCCUUUAAAUGCCCCGGCUGUCCUAAAGCCUUUAGAACGCAGUGGCAAUUGACUAUGCAUAAAAAGAGAAUUCACAUACAAGCCCAACCCUCCCUAAGAAAUUUCAGAAUUUUCAGGCCUCUCCAGAAGUUUGAGGAAAGGGGUCACGUAAAUGAUUGUGGAAGCGCUCGCGUGGUUUUAAGACCCUUUAAAAUAUCCCCCUUUCCCUAACACAUUUCUAUCAAAAAGUGCUGUGAACUGCUCAUGAAGGCUUUGUAUGAAUGAAGGGUUCUUUAUUUCCUACCUGUUCAAAAGCUUAUAAGUUAGUCUAACUUCUGGAUCCACGAAAGAAUUCAAAACAGCGUAAUAACCUAUAAGUAAAGCCCUGCAUAUCCCCAGUUAACUGGUGGAUUCAGAUAAAAAUGAAUUGGAUUUGGCGGAUUGCGGAUCGGAUGCGGAUAUCCACGGGUCCGGAUCCUUUUUUGUCGAGGCAACGCAUAAACGUGUGCGACCGCGCAGUGUAGAGUGAAUAAGUGAGUACAACUAUAGAGGUGCAUCAUUGAAUGUGUUGUGGGAGCAAACUACUCUCUUAGAUAAAAGGUGCCAAUGGGGAAGAAAAUUGUUUUUUUACAUCAAUAAAGAUUUGAUUCUUACCAAAGAUCGCUUUAGAACGUUCUAUCUUGCCAAAAAUGCUGUACCUGGAAAAAAGUAAAGACUGCAGAGGCAUCGGUCGUCCCGGGAAGCAUGUUGUUGUUUGGCAGGGAAAGAGCAAAAACGUUCUUUGGGCAAAGAAAACCCCAAAACUUACCGCCACAAGAAAGUAAAAGAAGUUUGCAAGUAGCGUCUUCGCCUACAAGUAUAUAUUCAGGAUACUGAAUUCGAUCUUCUGGGGUGGAAUUUCCGUCGGCAUGAGUUCCCAUACCUCAUUCUUUUAGCGCAGUUCUUGUAUCAAGUGAUCCAAUGUAGAGAGACUUCUCAUUAAUGGGUAUUAAUUUAAUAGAGGCGAACCAGUCUGAAUCCUUCUGUGUUAACAAUAUUCUGUUCCUUCUACACAGCAAUCCACCUCGAAGAGUGAAACAUUGCGUAUGUUUGAGUUCUUUUUUUUCUCGACAGUUGGCACUGAGUUGUUUUUAAGUAUAUGGUUCCCGGCAUGCAGUUGAGGGUUUGUGUUUAAAACUGAAACCAGUAGUAGAUUUUGCCAAUAUUGAAUAUUGCUAUAUUUUCCCAGUGGUGCACUCGUGCCUUAUCACAUAUACAUGAGUAUUUUGCUGCAUUGAGUAGGUGCCUUUCCUCCCACUCUUUUGUUUGGCCAAAAUAAAAUGACACAAUGUUCUUAGUCUAUCCCUUCUAAAUUUUAAUGUUUAUAAAAUAUGCAUCUGCUUGAACUAAGUUUUAUAAAGCAAAAAGGAAAAUAAAUGUAAAUUUCCUUCUUUUUGAGCGCAUCUUUUAAACAGAGUGUAAGUGUUGCGGACUCCCAAGACGAUCUCAUAAUUGGGAUCAUCUUUCGAGCGAUGCGAAGUGUUUCUGGGAGGAUGAUCGCUUAUUUUAUAAGUACAAUAAAACAAAUACGAUAAACUAACAUUUAUCGUGUUCUGACACUGAGAGUUCUUUGUAGAAAGGUAUCCAGACGGUUUCUAGGAUACCAUCCAAAUGCUUUUUCUAUUAAUUUUUAUUCAUGCUAGCUUUUAAUUUUUUAAAUACCGUAAAUGCACAUCUCGUUGAAAAUUUCCAAAAAUAGUUUUAACUUUUGAGUCAGGUAAUUAGGGUUGGAUGCGGUCCCGAAUUUUGCGGAUGCAAUUCGGAUGUGGAUACAAAGUGUGCGGACGCGGAUACAAUUAUUUAAGAACAUGCGGACGCAGUUACGAAAUCUCCGGAUGCGGGUCCGAUACGGAUGAUCAAACUGUUACCCGCGCAGUGCUCUACCUACAAGUGUGAAACAAGCGACACUCUUCACAGAAUGAUGGAGCUUCAACAAGCACAACCACUACUGACAUGUGCCUGAAGCCAUUUAGAUACCUUAUGCCCAAAAGUUUGAAAUUGAGCAUGAAUAUUCACAAAAGACUAGAAAUCUGAAAGCUGUGGCAAUACAUUCUUACAAAUAUGGGAUCUGUGUUCCCACCGGACCAUUGACAUGGGCCAGAAACCAUUUUUAAUUUUGUCACUUCCCCCAGUGUGUUUUAGUAGCUUGAAUAGUCACAAGACAGUUUACAAAAGUGAAGAUGGAAACGUGAAAUGAACAGGCAGCAGGUAAUUUGCAGUGGUGAAAGGUCCUUUAAAUGUGCAGCCUUCCCAAACAGCUUUUCUUUGGUAGCUGGAAUAUUAAUGAGAGUUCACAAAUUUUGAAGUCUGUUUUUGUCGAGCCAUUAGAGGCACUGGCAUGAAUGAAAGAAUAUAAUUUGAAGUUGAUGGCUUGAAAGGAGCAAGAUUAAAAGGACAUGUACAAGUCUCGAUGGGAUCAAAACAAUAAUUCCCUGUUCCUGUGGAUUUUAUACUUUUUUGUUCUCCGACAGCUUGUAUGCUCAACCAUCGAAUAAAUUCUUGUUCAUGCCACCCCUGGCAGGUCCCUGGUGA